UUGACCCCGCCCCAGGUUGCUUAGGAGUUGAGAGACGCCGAAUCUUGGAGUAGUUGGCUCGGGCCCAAACCAGCGCAGAGGGAAAUCAGGUCUGCGCCGCGAGGGCGGUCAUGGAGAACUUCGGCAGCUCCCACCAGGACUUGUGCAGCACUAGGGAAUACCAGUUUGAGAUCGGACCCCCCGACGUGCUGGAGCGCAAGGGCUCCCUGACCCUCCGCUCCCAUCACAAAAAAUACUCGAAUCCGGUGUUGGUGUAUUCCUGGCACCGCAACAGAGAAGCUUACCCCAAAGAUUAUGAUAUCGAGGGUCCUGAGAAAAUUAAAAAACUGUGUGAGUCAACAUAUCGGAGACUUGGAACUGAUGAACCCCAAAUUUGGAUCUCAGAAACACAUGAACAAACGGCACGAGUUUUCUUAAACACAGAAUUGGCUCAAAUAAAAAGCCGUGCUUUAUUGAAUGAGGAAACAUGGUGCUCUGGGAUUGUUGAAAGGGACACUGGAUUGCCUGUGACAGGCUUCGGAGCUCUCUUUACUAGACACCCACCAGAUCGGCGCAAGAUGUGUGCAUUGACGACAUAUGCUGAAAACUACACUCCACCAUAUAAUUAUCAGCUACUUGUGAGUAUAAGAGGGCUGUGA